GAGAGAGAGACUAAAGAAGCAAGUUGUUGAGAUGAAAGAGAAAUUUCCAGGCUUCAGACCAGGACUCGCAAUUUUGCAGGUUGGAAAUAGGGAUGAUUCGAACCUCUACAUUAAUAUGAAGCUGAAGGCUGCUGCUGAGAUUGGGAUCAGUGCCAAUCACAUAAAACUGCCAAACACAGCAACAGAAGCUGAUGUCCUCAAGUGCAUUGCCUCUUUGAAUGGAGACCCUGCUGUUCAUGGCUUUAUAGUGCAGCUGCCACUUGACUCUGAUAAACCCAUCAGUACAGAAAAAAUAACCAAUGCUGUUGCACCUGAGAAGGAUGUAGAUGGCUUAAGUAGCAUCAAUGCUGGGAAACUCUCUAGAGGGGACCUUGGAGACUGCUUUAUUCCCUGUACGCCAAAAGGAUGCAUGGAACUUAUCAGGCAGACAGGCAUCCAGGUUGCAGGGAAAAGAGCUGUAGUGGUUGGUCGCAGUAAGAUCGUUGGUGCUCCCAUGCAUGACCUGCUGCUGUGGAAUCACGCAACAGUAACCACUUGCCAUUCAAAGACCUCAACGCUGGCUGAGGAGGUUGGUAAAGCUGAUAUCCUGGUGGUUGCAGCUGGUAAAGCUGAAAUGGUAAAAGGUGAAUGGAUCAAACCUGGUGCAAUUGUAAUAGACUGUGGAAUUAACCAUGUGCCAGACAGCACAAAGGCCAGUGGAAAAAGAGUUGUAGGAGAUGUGGCGUACAGUACAGCAAAGGAAAAAGCUUCCUACAUCACCCCAGUUCCUGGUGGCGUUGGGCCUAUGACUGUGGCCAUGUUAAUGCAGAGCACAGUGGAGAGUGCGCAGCGUUUUCUGGAGAAGUUCCAGCCUGGAAAAUGGAACAUCCAAUAUAACCAGCUUACCCUAAAGGUGCCUGUUCCAAGUGAUAUUGAAAUAUCGCAGUCUUGCAUACUCAAGCCCAUUGAUCAAGUUGCAAAAGAAGUUGGCCUGCUCCCUGAUGAAGUGGAGCUCUACGGCCAAACUAAAGCCAAAGUUCAUCUGUCAGCUCUGAAACGGCUGAAGAACCAGCCAGAUGGCAAAUACAUUGUUGUUACUGGGAUAACUCCUACUCCCCUGGGAGAGGGGAAAAGCACCACUACUGUUGGUCUUGUUCAAGCCUUAGGAGCACACCUUCACCAGAAUGUCUUUGCUUGUGUUCGGCAGCCUUCUCAGGGGCCAACCUUUGGUAUAAAAGGUGGAGCUGCAGGUGGUGGCUAUUGUCAAGUUAUCCCCAUGGAAGAGUUUAACCUUCACCUCACCGGUGACAUCCAUGCUAUCACUGCAGCCAACAACCUGGUCGCUGCUGCAGUCGACGCACGUAUAUUCCAUGAGCUAACUCAGACUGACCAGGCUCUCUACAACCGUUUGGUGCCUUCUGUCAAUGGUGUUAGGAAGUUCUCAGACAUUCAGAUCCGAAGACUACAGAAAUUGGGUAUUAACAAAACUGAUCCUACAGCUUUGACAAAGGAAGAAGUAAACUUAUUUGUGAGAUUGGACAUUGACCCAGGCACCAUAACAUGGCAAAGAGUACUGGAUACAAAUGACAGGUUCCUUAGGAAAAUCACUAUUGGACAGUCUCCAACAGAAAAAGGCUUCUCACGAAUGGCUCAGUUUGACAUCACGGUGAGCAGUGAAAUCAUGGCAGUUCUAGCACUCUCUGAUGGGUUGGAUGAUAUGAAAAAGCGACUGGGCAGAAUGGUAGUAGCUUCUAGCAAGAGAGGAGAACCAGUUACAGCAGAUGACCUUGGAGUGACUGGUGCUCUGGCUGUCUUGAUGAAAGAUGCUGUUAAACCAAACCUCAUGCAGACACUAGAGGGAACACCAGUGUUUGUUCAUGCUGGACCUUUUGCCAAUAUUGCACAUGGGAAUUCUUCAGUGUUGGCAGACAAAAUAGCACUGAAGCUUGUGGGUAAAGAGGGAUUUGUUGUUACAGAAGCAGGAUUUGGUGCAGACAUAGGCAUGGAGAAAUUCUUUAAUAUUAAGUGCCGCUAUUCCGGUCUCCGGCCUCAUGUGGUGGUGUUGGUUGCUACUGUCCGAGCUCUGAAAAUGCAUGGAGGAGGGCCUGCAGUCACUGCUGGGGUACCUUUACCAAAGGAGUACAUGGAAGAGAAUCUUCAACUGUUGGCAAAAGGCUGUAGUAACCUAAACAAGCAAAUCCAAAAUGCACGGAUGUUUGGUGUCCCAGUAGUAGUGGCUGUCAAUGCUUUCAAAACAGAUACAAAGGCUGAACUGGCCCUUGUAGUACAACUGGCAAAGGAAGCAGGAGCAUUUGAAGCUGUGGAGUGCACUCACUGGGCAGAGGGAGGUAAAGGAGCGGUUGCACUGGCCCAAGCUGUUCAGAGAGCAUCGCAGACACCCAGCAACUUCAGGUUCCUCUAUAAUGCGGAGCUCCCUGUUAUAGACAAGAUUAGACUUAUUGCACAGCAGAUCUAUGGGGCAAGUGACAUUGAGCUACUUCCAGAAGCACAGGAGAAAGUCACCGUCUACACUAAGCAAGGAUUUGGAAACCUGCCAAUCUGCAUGGCUAAAACUCACUUAUCAUUGUCUCAUGACCCUGAACGAAAAGGAGCACCUACAGGUUUUAUUCUGCCAAUCCGAGACAUUCGGGCCAGUGUUGGUGCUGGAUUCCUGUAUCCGCUAGUAGGAACGAUGAGCACUAUGCCAGGACUUCCUACAAGACCCUGUUUCUAUGAUAUAGACUUGGACCCAGUGUCAGGAGAAGUAAAUGGGCUCUUUUGAAAGGAAUUAUUAACCCAAGCUCCCAGAAGAACACCUGAUGAGUCAUGUAAACAGAACUAUGGCCUGAUUUUUUUUUUUUUUUUUUAAGUCAAACAAGAUAUGACUGAGAAUAUAGUGCAAGAAGUGACUGGAAGGAGGAGUCCUAAAGAAUCAACCACUUAUUUUAAUCUGUAAUAAUUUUUAAACUGCUGUGUCCCAAGCUAGUUGAUACUGAGCAUAUAAAGCAUUCUUCCUCUACAAACCUCCUGCUGCAUAAUUGUAGCUGAAGCAGAAUACAGAAGCUUGAGUUUCGUGACCUCUCUUGAUUUGGUGACAUGAUUUUAAUAAUUAAAAAUCCUAAAGCUGG